UAUCUUUUACAGAUGGCACGUCAGGACAAGGGGAAAGGGCUUAUGGGUUCUUCUUCGAGUUCGGAUAAAUUUCCGAAGAUUAAAUUUCGGUAUGGCGGGCAAGGCGCGACGGAAGCCGAGGCGGAAGCGGAGCGCAUUCGUAUGACUGCAUCUCAUCGUCGUAGGAGAGUUAUGGAGCGCGACACUGAUUUACCCGUCGUGGACGAGAUUCCCCACAUAGAUCAUAGUUCUAGAUCUAUGGCGGAUAGCAUUCGAUCUGUAGGGGCAGAUUCUCGUAUCCCCUACGAGGGACACGAGGAGGAGUAUGACCAUGUUGAGAGCGAUUUUGAUGAUGUUCCCGUCCCGGCCGCGCGCUCACGGAAGUCUCGGUACGAGUUUGACACUUUCAGUGGCCCACUUGAGUUACAUGGUCCGGCUCCAGGAGGACCGACUGAUUGGAGGAUGAUUCCUAGUUUCAAGAGUCAUAUUGCCUACUACAUUUGGGCAGGACAUGAGCGCAGCGUGGGGCGAUGUGAGUCAAGGAUUACUGCGCUUAAUGCUUUUAAGAAACAUGAGUUGAAGCAACUCAUGGCUCCUUACGGGCAGGAUGAGUUAGAGCUACUGGAGGCAUCUGGCCUAGACUCACUCGAGUACUUCUACAUAAAAAAUGUAGACAAGGGACUCAUGGGGGCAUUUAUAGAGAGGUGGCAGCCGGAAACGAACAGUUUCCACAUGCCUUGGGGUGAGAUGACGAUCACCCUACACGAUGUCCAUUUGAUUUUGGGGUUGCGUGUUGACGGUCUAGCGGUGCACGGUGAUUCUGUUGAGGAGAGGCCUAUGUGUGAGCUGUUGCUAGCUGAGGUUCUUGAUGUGGACAUGGUCGAAGCGCAUGCCAAGCUCGGCAAUAGUGGGAUAAAAUGGUCGGAGUUUGUGGAGCGUGUGCGCAGUCGGUCCCGAACUUGUCGGCAGAAGGUGGUAGGAUAUUUGACGUUUUUGAUCGGUAUGGCUUUGUUCCCCGACCGGAGUGUAGACAGGUUCAAGCCAACGUGGAUGAGAUAUUCUUUCGAUCUCGAGCACGUCGGCGAGUAUGCUUGGGGUGCAGCUGUAUUGGCUCAUUUAUACCGACAGUUGGGCUUGGCUAGUAGUACCCACGUGAAGGGGUUACAGGGUUGCACGUUACUGCUCCAGGUAUUUAAGUAAAAUUUUAAUAUAAUAUAUUAUACUCAAUAGAUUAUGUUUAAUAAUAUAUUAAUUGAAUAUAAUAU